UCCCUUCAGUAAACGUCAUCUCCGCCAUCUUGAAAACAAUCUGGGGAAAUCAACGAAAACACCCAGGAAAAUAACAAAAUUGCUGCCCAUUUUAGAUAUUGUUUACCGUUAACAUGACAAGUCUGACACAAAGGACAAGCGGUAUUAUCCAAAGAAGGCGGACAGGUAAAGAUGGUGCUGAAGGUGGUACAAAUAACGAUCAUGAUGAAAAUGCACCCGUAGAAGACGUGGACGAGGAUGAACAUGACUCGAAAGAGACACGAUUGACGUUGAUGGAAGAAAUACUGUUGCUUGGCCUUAAAGACAGAGAGGGUUAUACAUCAUUCUGGAAUGACUGUAUAUCAUCAGGUCUUCGUGGUUGUAUACUAAUAGAACUUGCGCUCAAAGGGCGUGUUGAGGUAGAGAAAGCCGGUAUGCGCAGGAGAAGCCUGCUGAAUCGUAAAGUGCACUGUAAAAAUGCCACACCCUGUGGGGACGUUCUUUUAGACGAGGCAUUAAAACAUAUUAAAGAGACCGAACCGGCAGAAACUGUUCAGUCUUGGAUUGAAUAUCUCAGCGGUGAAACGUGGAACCCGCUAAAGUUGAAAUAUCAGUUGAGAAAUGUUCGAGAACGUCUGGCAAAAAAUUUGGUUGAGAAAGGUGUUUGUACGACAGAGAAGCAGAACUUCCUUUUGUUCGACAUGACGACACAUCCACUAGUUGACUCUGUGAUAAAACAAAAACUCAUUAAAAAAGUUCAGGAUUCCGUUUUAACUCAGUGGACAAACGAUCCGCACAGAAUGAAUAAAAGAAUGAUGUCCCUUAUAUUCCUGGCACACGCCUCGGACGUGCUCGAAAAUGCAUUUGCGCCUCUCUCGGAUGAUGACUAUGAUUUGGCGAUGAAACGUGUACGUGAACUUCUUGACUUGGACUUUGAUGCGGAAUCAAUGAAAGACGGCACUAACGAGAUGAUGUGGGCGGUUAUAGCCGCGUUUAGUAAAUGAGUCGGAAUGUCGUAGAAUUAUUGUUGUGGGAUUUCUUGUUAUGUAAAUUAUUUGGGUUUGACUUCUCUUCUAAAAAUAUAUCUACGAAAUCAGAUACAAGUGUAACGUACUUGCAAGUCAGCCUUGUUAUGUACUAGAUAAUAAAAACUUGGUCAGCUUCAGUGUAAAAAUUUGACUGGUCAAAAAAAAUUGUGAAGGGAAAGUAACAAUGUUAUGGAAUUUAACACUGAUGUCGGGACUACUAGUUGAUCUAGUUCAACAUAUAGGGUUCCAAUUGCCGACCUGAAACACAUGAUGAAGUAUGUUGUAUUCGCCUUACGGAGAAAAUCCUUUAUGAUGCAAGUUGCUGGAAAAUAUUUUCAUAGUUUUCAAAAAGUUUUAUAGUACAGACUUCUAGGAAACUGUCAAACUAGAGGACUACUCUAAACUGAAAAUUGCAAUUUUGCAUUGAAUCAGAAUACUUUAGAAUACAGUUGAAGUAAUUUAUAUUAACUAUAUAAACUGUUAAUUUCUACUUAUUUUGGUUAUUGUUUUAUGAUACAGAAGAAAUUGUGUCAAUGCAUUUUUAGAUAACAAAGAUAUUUCUUUUUCAAUCAAUUGGCUUUUGUUUGGGCAUAUUAUUUUAAUGCUUUGUAUAAAUUUAGAAAAGGGACCAAAACAUAAUAAACAUGAAGUAUUCUUGAAUAGUUUAUGAAAGAUAAUAUAUGAUUUGUCUAUAUGUCGGGCAUUUAGUAUAAAAGACAUCAAGUCCAAACUAAUUAUGCAUACAAGAUAUAUCUUGCUAGUAAGUGAAUUCUUCUUAUUCAAAAGUUAUUUUAAAGAAUUCAAAUAUUUUUCUAUCAGAAAAAGAUAUUUUGUAUCCCAGUGAAAUUGUGUAUAUUGCUAUCUUUUAGAAUUGAAGUAACAUUUUGUAUGGCAAAAAUAAUGUCGAGCAUGUUAAUUAUUUUUAGAUUUUAAAAGCCAAUUUGGAAUAAUAUAUGCAUUUAAGCACCAACCUGGAUUUUGGGGAUAUUUAAGAGCUAUAAAGUGAAAGUCCACAAAAGAAAUAUAUAAUGAUGAAAUAAGUGCAUUUAUAUUUAUUAACAAUGUGAUGUGAACACUUAUUUAUGGAUAUAUAUAUUUAGAUGGUUAAAUUUAAGUCACUUUAAAUAAAGCUAGAUGAAGCAAAGUUACAUCAGUAUCAUUAAAAAAACAUACUAUAAACAUGUAUAUAUGUUAAUACAGGGCUUUUCGUAAGCCCUAUUUCCAAAAUAAAAUUGCUGGUGACAAAUAUUUGCUGUCUAUAUUUUGUAUCUAGGUCAAACCAUGAUAAAUUGAAAUGCUUUCAAAUCACUAGCAGACUGUUUGACGGCCUGCAACUCUGAAAUUCUCUAUUCUGUAUUUAUAUUAUUAGUGACCACUGGCUAUAUAUAAAACCCACCAGCUGGGUGUUAAAAACACUGUAAAGUAUGUAAGAGUUUGAUACAGAAAAAAAGAAUUUUCCAUAAUGAUAGCUGAAUUUCUAAAAAUGUUUAUCAAUAAAGUUUGUAUUUUGAUGAUAUAGCUAUUAUUUUUGUUUGUUACAAUAUCUGAAUAAUUGUUAAAGCAUUUAAAUUAGGUAUUUUUUUUUUCAAUCAUGUAUUUCAUAUAUCCAUAUGAAUGGGGGAAAAGAAUGCUGGACAAACUAUGCAUAUAGAAUAAUUUUUAGAUACUGUAUUGAUUCGUAUAUUAUAUAUAUAUACAUUAUGUGAAUCAGAAACUUGAAUAACGCAGAUGCUGGCAACAUGUUAUAUUGAUGUUUCAAUUGAAAUCAUUAUUUGUUGUUGUUGUUUGUGUUUUUCUUUUAUUGUUGCUCGUUCUAUAGCUUGCUAAAUUUAUUAAAUGGACCCGUUUCUGAUUUAAACUUGGAAUUGUCCAUUCUUAAUAAAAGGGGUCUCAGUUAUAAAAAAAGUAAAUAUUGAGUAGUCAGCAGUACAUUACCUUGGAUGGCUUUGAAUAAAAUGUGUAUAUUGUGGCUGCAUGGUCACGUAGAUUAUGUAAGACUAGUAGUCUAAGGAUUGCUGGCCGGAUGUGUUCGAACCUGUCAGAGGCAAGCUGUUUUUGUUUUCUUGAGCAAGAAACUUUACACAUACUGCCGAGUACUGGUUGGUUCCAGGAACAUAUUUGAAAGUGUUUCUGUAAGUUUACAGCUUCCUACAUGACCAAACUAAAAUCAAUUUGGUUUAAGUAAAUAACAUUGAAAGCUGCUGGAGAAUGACCAUCUUGUUAGUAUGGCUAAUAUAUCUUUUACUAAAGCUAUUUGCAUACCAGUCCUAUAAUGUUAGGGGAUGGAAGUUUGUCUUUUGAGAAAAGCAAAGUUUAUAUAAAAUUUGACUCCCUGCCCCACCCAUCUACGAUCACUAACUAUUAAUAAAAUAAGCCUUAAUGUUUAAAUAAGAGAAAUACGGUGUAAACCAGUCGGAUAUCAAAUUAGUAUUCUUGUUUCCUUAUACAAGAUAAUAAUAUUAAAUUAAAUAUACAAAAAAACAUAACAAUCAAGGUGCAGUUGAAUUGUUCUCUAUAAAUUUUUACCCUAAAUAGAAGAGUGUUCGCACCACAUGCUGAAGUGCUUUUGUAAACCUCUUUUAAUUUUUCAUUUAAAAAGUUAAAUGGUACUGGCUUUUUUCUCCAUCCACAGUUGUAUUAAUUUAAUGGCAUGGUUACGUUUUGUGUAUUCAAACUUGCUGAAUUCCAGGAUUUGUGCUUAAUAAAGAAAUGUGAUAUUUGUUAGUAUGUGCAUUUUUUCUGUUUGUUGAAUUUUAUUUUAUUACCCUUAUUAAAAAAAGAUGUUAUUUCCUUAUAUAACUGCACUUUAGUUAUUGAUAUAUGCUUAGAAAUUGUAUUGUUAAGUAGAUAGAUGUUUAUUAAUACAUGUGAAUCAUAGUUGGGUAAUGUAUCUGAAACUUAAAAAAAGAAGAUAUAUUGAAAUGAAAGGCAUUGUGGGAUAAUAUUUGAAAAAUACAGAAUUGGGUAUACAUUAUGAGAUGUAUAUUGGCGUGACUGAACAUAUUUUAAGUGGUGAAACUCAUUUAGUGACCAGUCUGGAAUACCAAUGCCUGAUUGGUUGAAUUUGAACAGUCAUUUGAAAUUGACCAAUGAAAUGACCUGAUUGAUUGAUUUUCAACACUUGUUCGAAAUUGACCAAUGAAAGAGACUGUUUGGUUUACUUUCAGGUGUAGUUUGAAAUAGACCAAUAAAAUGGUUCUCUUUCUGCACUGAUUUGAAAUUGACCAAUGAAAAUGUUUGCUUUUGUUGACUGGUUGCCUAACUUGAGGUAAUUAUUUAUUAGACCUAUUUUAUCAUAUAAGUGCAAAGUUUUUGCCAGACUUUUCAUAAUUGUUUGAUUGUACAUGUACAUAUGUAUAGUAGCUAGAAAUAUUGAAUUAUUUUAUUUACAGUCAGUUCUGAAAAUGGGCAUCAUACAAAGCUGUUUACAUAAUCUAUCAUUUACAUAUUCAUUUUUUCCCACUUUAUCUGGCGUAUUGUAUUUUUUAAGUGUGACAUGUAAUUACGAGAAAAAGAAAAUUGAAUGAUAUAUAUGUAUGAAAGAAGUAGAUUGUGAAUAAGUAAAAUGAGUAAGAUUUAAUUUUAUUUUUUUGGAAUUGUUAAAAGAUAGACUAACUUGUGUUUUGUGAAUGUGUUUUUGUUUGUAUUAAAGAUUAAUAGCUUAUUUUUGUGUGACUGAUCUCUUGCUCAGUGCGUGUGACAUGUGUUUUAAUGUGUUCUUAUUUGUUUUUCUUUUCUUUUUUUUUGGCAAUAAUAAUGUUGAUAAUAGAAUGUGAAUGAAUGUCGGUUAUUUAUUAACUAAUACUAGUAACAGAAGAAAAAAAGCUGCGUUAAAUCGUUUAACAUAGUUAUCAAACUUUGUUUCUAGGAAAUAUUUUUCUUUCAUGAGAUACUGCUAUACUAUGGUAUCUAUUUUAUAUAUAGACAUUUUUUUGUAUGUCUCACAAGUGUGAUGGAAGUGUUUUUCAAAUGUGACUGUCCUUUAUGGACAAUUUGUAAACAUAAGAAUCUGUUGCAUGUAAAAACACCAUGUAAAACAUUGUAGGUAUAUGUACAAUGUACCGUAAAAUUCCUAUUAAACACCCACGGGGCUAAACAUUUUCCAAAAGGGGGGCUAUUAUUACAACACAGUUUUUCCUAAAUCUAAAAAUCAUUGUAAAUACAUUUAGUGUUAGCAAGUGUUGGUAAUAACAUUAAAAAGUGUUAAGAUUUUAAAGUUCAUACUAUAAAAUAAAAUGGAUUCUGAAUGAUUUGAAUGAAAUUAUGGAUUUACUCAUGAGUUCAGCACUGAUGAGUAGAUUGUUUCUCUUAACAAAAGGCCUUGGGGGCCUUUAUUAGGGGAUGGGCGUUUAUUAGGAAUUUUACGGUAUAUUGGAGAAAUGGCUUUCUGAGUGCAAAAAGUCAUUUUGCCUUAAGAAGUCACAAAUACAUAGUUUUUCUUUUCACAAAUGAUUAUUGUUUAUAAGCAGAUAAUUAUCUAUACUCAAUCUAUUGAUAUAUAUCUAUUUUUAGUACUAAUGAUUUGGCUUUAUAUAAGUGUAGUUUUAUUUAACCUUUGCAAUGCUUGAACUGAAAACUACAAAGCCUUUUGCAACCGGUCAGGGGCUACUGGAGCCUGCACAUCUUAAACAGUCUGACUGGACUGUAAACAGUUGAUUGGUCAGCUUCUUAACAUAAAUCAUUAAAAUACCUAAAAUUGAUUAUGGAUUGUCUCAAAGUGAAAAGUUAGACAAGUCCAUUCUUGAAAUUCAGGGUUUUUACCUUAACCAGCAUUGCUUUGAAUUAGAAACAGUCUGUCAUUAGUUUUCCUGGCCUUAAAUAUUAAAAUUUAGAAGCUACGGGUGAAGAAUCAACACAGUCUGUAUAGAAGGCUAGCCUGGGUUCCAUACUGGUUUUGUAAAAGAAGCUCACUGUUUUUUCCAGUAUGAAAGAUUACAAUCUUGAGAGCAUGGAUGUAAAAUGUUGGUAUUUUUGAUAUAGUUGUCGUUGCAAGUAAGUUUCUCCAGUAAUUCAUGCUUUUUUGGUGAAAAAAUGUGCUGUUGUUUGAGACCAUUCACUUGUAAGUUACUUGUCAAGGUUAAAUUUGUGAAAAAGUUAAAUAUAGAAUUCAUUGAAGUUAUUCAUUUUGUUUUCAAGGCUAGAGUAUGCAAAUGUAAGUCUUAAUAUGGCAGUAUCAUUUUGAAUGUAACUUUGUUGUUUCAAAAAUAAGCAAAAUUUCUUUACAGUGAAGUUAUAUUCGAUGUUUUAAAUUUUUCUUUUCUCUGUAGUAUUGCAAAUAUAUCACACAUUUUUUGUACAAAGGGAGAUAAUUGAAGGUUUUAUUGACAGUUUCUCCCAGGUAUAUAUUGCUUUUCAAAGGGAGACAAUCAAUGUUAACACUUAACCUGCUGUAUUGUUUUGAAAUGGAUUUGCCCUGUUUAAAAUUAGGAACAGUCCAUUUGAAGGGAUUUCAGUAUCAAAAUAAAAAUAUUGAGUAAAUAACAGUAUAGAGCCUGGUCAGACUAUUCGGAUGCGCAGGCUGGCCUGGCUCUAUACUGGCAGCAAGGGCUGAUCACUCCAGGUUCAAGCAGGUUAUGUGUUAACAUGUGUUCUACAAACUACACGGAAUAGAUUAUUUUGUGUAAAUAUUGUACUGCUAGAAUAUCUGUAUAUAUUGUACAUGUAAACCUGAAUCUAUGGAUUUAUGUUUACAUUAUGAAUCUAUGGUUUGAUUUCAUCAAUCUUUUUAAAGAUAAUAAAUAGAUGUACACGUUAUGAAUCUAUGGUUUUAAUUCAUCAAUUUAUGUAGUAAAGAUAAUAAAUCUAGGGUUUGAAUUUAUUUUUACAUAUAUAUACAUAAUAAAUCUAUGGUUCAAAAUCAUCAAUCCAUGUUAUAUGUAUUGUAUACAUUAUGAAUCUAUGGUACACUUUCAUUAUUUUAAAGAGUUAUUUUCACAAAAAAUCAUUUUAUAGUUAACUUGUAGAUAAUGAUUUUGUUAUAGUAUAGACACAUUAUAGUGAAUUGAAAUAUAUGGGAAAAGCUUCAAGUCAGGAGUCAAAUUUAUAUUCUUUCUCAUUUGUUAAUACACAUUCACCCUUCUAUCUCUCUUUUGUCAUUACUUGUUUUGGGAUAUUAUAUGUAAUUGGGUGUCUAUUUCAAUGGAUUAUGUGAAAUAAAUUAUUAUAUGACAUGUU